UCCCAAAGGGCAAGCUUGUCAUUUUCAUCAGACCCACUAACAGUCGUCGGUUGUCUCAUAAGGGCCUGAGGUCGCCACUGAACACAGUGUGCUCGCAGUCGAGCUCUCCACAUAUGAUCUCCAUUGAGUUGGGUUUAUUGAGGUUCGAUGAAUUUUUGUUCCAGAUUGGACUUCAUAAAUUCGCUUCUGAUUUUGAAUCUUUAGGCUUUCAAAAAAUUCAGAGAUUGAAGCACACAUCUGUGUGAGUCAUUACUUGAAUACAACAAGGAACCCAAACAGUAUGGCCAAGGGAAUGAUCCCGUCAAGGUCAAGUUUCUUCUCGACGGAUCGGAUUCCACAAACCUUGCUCCGAGGGCAACAAGGCUGGGGAAGAAGCAAUGCUUUGGAGAACGGUCCACAGUUGAAGUGGGUCGCCUACAUCUGCGUCUCUGUGUUAUGCUUGCAAGCCCUUCUCGGAACGGUCGACGCAGAUCCAGUACUUGCGUCCAGUCUGGGCUUCUGCAAAAAUGUUCCAGUGCUCAAGGGAGCUCCACUGCAUUGCUGCCUGCCUGCUCCCAAGAGAACACCCAUCAGAUUCAAAUUUCCUCUCAUAAAUCGUAACCUCGCCGGUCGCCUGUUUCUGCGCGAGAGGAAACCCGCGCACGUCGUGCAGAAGGACCCCGAGUAUGUCAGGAAGUACAAUCUAGCUUACGCUAGAAUGAAGGCGCUCCCCGACACCGACCCGCGGAGUUUCCUCAAUCAGUGGAGGGUCCACUGCUCCUUCUGUAACGAGGCCUUCAAGCAGCGAAAGACUCCAGGCCCUCUGGGCCCUGAGACCGGCGUUCCGCUGCAGGUUCACUACAGCUGGAAGUUUCUUCCGUGGCAUCGGAUCUAUCUGUACUACCACGAGAGAAUUCUCGCCAGUUUGAUCAACGAUCCCACCUUCGCCCUCCCCUUCUGGAACUGGGACAACCAGCUGGACCAGGACGCGGCGAUGAUCCCCGCCAUGUUCCUUCCCAACUUCAGCGUCCCCAACGCUGCCCUCUUCGACGAGUUCAGAAACCCCAACCACAUGCCUCCCAAGAUCUUGCACCUGGGAUACAACUCCAAGCUCGAAGCAGAGGGCAAGCAGAACCUGACCGACAAGCAGAUCAGAUACGAGAACCUGUGCGUCAUGUACAACCAGGUGGCCACGAAGAUCAGCGCUCGAGACUUUCUCGGCGGACCUUACGUCGUCGGGACUGAUAACUCCGCGGCGACCGUCAACGUCAGCGCCGGUGAGGUUCCCGGAGAGUCCGGUGGCAUGGAGAAUGCCCACAACGUCGCUCACGAGUGGACAGGGCUCAUCAACGACCCCAAUCACCCCGACAACGAGGACAUGGGCAAUUUCAUCUACGCCGCUCGGGACCCCAUCUUCUACAGUCAUCACUCCAACGUCGACCGCCUGUGGGACGUGUGGAAAACCAUCCCCGACAAGGUCACGAAAUCCGGUAGCAGGAAGAGAAUGGAUUACACUUCCAGAGACUUUCUGGACACCGAGUUCACUUUCUACGACGAAAAUCAGGACAUGGUGAUCGUCAAGGUGAGGGACAGCCUCGACAGCUCCAAGCUCGGGUACAAGUUCACGGACGUGAGUAAAUCUGACAAUAUGUGGAUAUACUACGAGCCCAUGCCUCCCCAUCAGUCGUCCGGGCCAAGCAAUUCCAGUGACUAUCCUGCAGCAGCUCCAUCAGGAUACAACUACAUCGGCACGGAUCCUGUCAGUUUUAGGCUGGAUCGUCGAGCUCCGACGAGCGAAGAUGCUGGGCAGAGCGGGGUGAAGAAUGUGGAUCAGUUGCAGGAGAACGUCGUGCUGGAGAAGGUGAAAAUCCCGCAUUCGGAAUACGCCAGAUUUGACGUGUUCAUCAAUUACCCGGCAGCUAACAGGCAGACGCAUCUGUACAUGUCGGAGUACGUGGGUACGUUCACGCAUCUACCGAGUGGCAUGGUUGACAUGAGCAAAUCUGUGUCGGAGUCGUCCAGCAACUCAGACGAAGAGUUCCGAAUUGUGACUAUCCGGUACUCCGUGAACGCCGCUCUGAAACGACUGGGCAUCACAGAUUACAACACGGACAUCGUAGUGACCAUAGUCUCAAAGGGCGCGAGGAACACCGGACCAAAGACCGGGUUCACAUUCUCCAACCUCAAACAAGACUUCCAGUAACUUUGAAGAGAAGGCUUUAGAUUUAAAUCUUCAUCACUGAAGUAUAAAGUUGGUUUCUAAUUGAGUUCUAAGUUUGAUAUUCAAUUGAGUAGUUCAUCAUUCAGCAAUACUAUUUGCAGUUUAAUUCUAGAAUCACUUACAUAGUAGAGCCUAAGGUCAAAACCCCCACGCAUGUGGAUCUUUGACAAAAUGUUAGAUUACUUCGAGAUCAUAGACAUUCGUGCACGUUGGUGCAAUAAAAGAACUAAUAGGUUCUCUCUUUCAAGAAAGUUGAAUCCUAUUCAGUUGAUUAUUUCUUCUACGGAAUUUUUUUAUCCAUUGCGCAGAACAAACCAUAUUAUUCAAAUAAUAGCUGUACUUGACU